UUGGAGACUGGAUCUCCUCCUUCCUAUUUCUCGCAUUCGUCGUCAGAGAGGAAACGCAGAGAGACUUGAGGGAGAGGGACUCUCCAUUCCUCUUACUGGAAAUUCUUUCCCAAUGGCUGGCAGCGGCAGCAUAAUCAUCAGCGCAAGGAAUCCGAACGCGCUCUCGCCGUCCACAUUCCUAGGAAACCAAACGCCAUGCUCUUCCCUCUGCAGGAGAAGCCACUCCCUGCGUCUUCCCAACCGAACCCCACAUCACAGGUGCGUCGUGGUGGCGAAGGUCCGCGAGAUCUUCAUGCCGGCGCUGAGCUCCACCAUGACGGAGGGAAAAAUAGUCUCCUGGGUGAAGGCUGAAGGCGACAAGCUGAGCAAGGGCGAGAGCGUCGUCGUCGUCGAGUCCGACAAGGCCGACAUGGACGUCGAGACUUUUUACGACGGGUACCUUGCCGCAAUCAUGGUGGAAGAAGGGGGCGUCGCUGCCGUCGGUUCCGCGAUUGCUCUUCUGGCCGAGACGGAGGACGAGAUUGACGAGGCCAGGUCGAGGGCUGCGAAGUCCUCAGCUUCGUCAUCGGCAUCUCCGCCCCCUGCUUCAACGGAGAACGUUCCGGCGUCGCCUCCUCCGUCUUCGGCCAUUACGAGCUCGGAUCGGAGCGCCGGCCUCUCGGCUCCCCUCACUGGCGGCCCCGCCGCCUCGCUCCAUCCGGCGUCGGAAGGGGGAAAGAGGAUCGUGGCGACGCCUUACGCAAAGAAGCUCGCGAAGGAAUUGAAGGUUGAUUUGGGCAGGCUCGUUGGCAGCGGCCCGAUGGGACGGAUUGUGGCGAAGGAUGUGGAGAGUGCCGCUUCAGCUGCGCCUCAAGUGAAUGCUUCUGCAGUUACUGCUGCUUCCUCCCCUGUUCCGGCUGCUGCCCCUGCCGGUAAUGUUCAAUUGGGGACGACGGUCCCGUUUACGACAAUGCAAGGCGCGGUGAGCCGCAAUAUGGUGGAUAGUCUCGCCGUGCCGACCUUUAGAGUCGGGUACACCAUCACCACGGAUGCGCUGGAUAGCCUGUAUAAAAAGAUCAAGUCGAAAGGCGUGACGAUGACAGCAAUGCUUGCGAAGGCCACUGCGCUUGCACUGGUUAAGCACCCUGUCGUCAAUUCUUGCUGCAGGGACGGGAAGAGCUUCACGUAUAAUAGUUGCAUCAACAUCGCCGUGGCCGUUGCUAUAGAUGGAGGCUUGAUUACACCAGUUCUUCAGGACGCUGACAAGGUUGAUAUCUACACAUUGUCAAGGAAAUGGAAAGAGUUGGUGGAUAAGGCUCGCGCGAAGCAGCUGCAACCACACGAAUACAACACAGGGACAUUCACUCUGUCAAACCUUGGUAUGUUUGGUGUUGAUCGAUUUGAUGCUAUUCUACCUCCUGGAACUGGAGCAAUCAUGGCAGUUGGAGCAUCUGAGCCUACCAUGGUUGCAACUAAGGAUGGCCACAUUGGUGUUAAAAUCCAGAUGCAGGUGAAUGUUACUGCUGACCAUCGGGUAAUAUAUGGUGCUGAUUUGGCUGCAUUCCUGCAAACUUUGGCAAAGAUCAUUGAGGAUCCCAAAGAGCUUACCCUCUAAAUUCUUUUGUAUUUGACCGAUUGCGAAAAUUGGUUUAUGGUUCAGCCUCUGAGCUUGCUGCAGCAAGCUGUGGGGAUUUUUCCUUUGGUAAUUUUCACGCUGACUAAUUUUUUGAGUUCUGAGUUAGCUGGCCUAUGUUCUUAUGUUCUUAUGUUGAGGGUUCAAGUGCAAGCCGCAGGAACAUCGGGUUAUAUGUCUGACAUUUAAGGCAGAGAUGUGAGCAAAUGAAAUUUCGUUUUUUUAUCUCCA